GAGAGAGAGAGAGAGAGAGAGGAAAAAGGAGAACUAAUAAAAAGUGAAAAUAACUCAUGUCAGAAGAGGGAAGAGUUUCGCAAAGAUAAGAUUGUUGAAUAUUUAGUGUAAGGGGGCCCCAUGUCUGUGUUCGCCUUGGUCCCCCAAAUUGCUAAAUCCGCCACUGAAAAUGACCAAAGUCAACUGGAUGUUUGAAGCAGAGAAAGCGAAUUAAGCUUCCACUGAUGCCUGGUUCUCUCCAUCCACCCAUGAGACUGAGGAGAUCUCCCUUCUCCUCUCCUCCCCCUCAUCCUCCGUUGACGUCCGUGACUGUGUCACCCGCCUCGCCGCCGGUUUCCAGGCAGUUUUCUGCUCUGGUCUCGUGUUCAUUCUAGGCUCUGCGUUUACAUCCGAUUGUGUCUCAGCGGGGCAUUUCGGUAGCUUUUUGUUUAGUUUCCUUUCACUAAACAUUUUGUUUUUUAUGAUCGGAAACUCCUUUUUGCGCCUUUGUGACGCUCUGAGGAGUUCUGUGCGUCAGAGCAUCCCGCACCUUUCUGCGCAUUGAAUCCGUCCUCUGGCGGCUGCUUCGGGACCGGACUUUAUUCCCCACCGCCCGAACAACUUGUGAUUAUCGUGACUCCUGAUUGUUUCACUUAAAAACUUGGAAGCCACCAGGGAAACGGCUUAGAUGAACGCUCCUCCGCUGAUCCGGGCGCCCAGCCCGCUUCCGUUUAUAGGGGGGGCAAACAGCCCCAACACCGAGGGAGGAGGUGGAGGCGUGAUCUCCUUCCAAAUCCAGAUAGGAAUGAGCCGGGAGCCUGUGCUGUUGGAUGCUGGAGAGCUCAGCCUGGGUCAAGUCCGGGAGGUGGCGUGUUCCAUCAUACACCAGAAGUUACCAGAGUGUGGAUUCUAUGGGAUGCAUGAGAAGAUCCUGCUGUUUCGUCAUGACCAGACAUCUGACAACAUGCUGCAGCUGCUGCGUGCUGCCUCUCAGAUCCAGGACGGAGACCUGGUGGAGGCCAUACUGUCAGCUUCUGCCACAAUGGAGGACUUCCAGAUCCGUCCACACAGCCUGUUUGUGCACUCGUACCGAGCUCCAACCUUCUGUGACCACUGUGGAGAGAUGCUGUGGGGACUUGUUCGACAAGGGCUCAAAUGUGAAGGUUGUGGUCUGAAUUACCACAAACGCUGUGCCUUCAAAAUUCCCAACAACUGCAGCGGGGUGAGAAGGCGACGCCUGUCAAAUGUUUCCCUGACAGGAGGGAUAGUCAACAUGGGCCGGCCCCUCUCUGCUGAGCCUUCACCUCCUCACUACACAGACGAUGCUUUACUGUCACCUGUGAGUCCCAACAUGGAGAAGAAUCAAAUCGAUUACUUUCCGGGAAGAGAGCGGCGGUCCAGCUCACAGUCAUACAUUGGCCGUCCCAUUGAGCUGGACAAGAUCUUGCUGUCAAAGGUCAAAGUUCCUCACAGCUUUCUGAUCCACUCGUAUACCCGUCCUACCAUUUGCCAGCAUUGCAAAAAGCUGCUGAAAGGCCUCUUCAGACAGGGUCUGCAGUGCAAAGAUUGUAAAUUUAAUUGUCAUAAACGAUGUGCCCUGAAGGUGCCAAAUAACUGCUUGGGAGAAGUUUCCAUAAACGGAGACCUCUUGAGUCCAGGGGCAGAUAUGGUGGAGGGUUGCCUUGAUGACAGAAGAGGUAGUCUUCUAGACGACAUGGAUGACAUGAUAACAACCGAGGGGGGGUUGCUGCUGGAGACAGGACAAAGUGACCUUGGUGACCUGCGAGACCCUGACUUGGAUGACUCCAGCCGUUCCAUCAGCCCAUCCACCAGUAACAACAUUCCUCUUAUGAGAAUUGUUCAGUCUGUCAAACAUACAAAGAGGAAGAGCAGUAAUGUGAUGAAGGAAGGCUGGAUGGUCCACUACACAAGCAAGGAUACUCUGAGAAAAAGACACUACUGGCGACUGGACAGUAAAUGCAUCACACUGUUUCAGAAUGACACAGGAAGUAAAUACUACAGGGACAUUCCUCUGUCAGAGAUCUUAUCCCUGGAGCCGGCUCAGAACUUCUCUCUGCUUCCUGAAGGAGCCAAUGCCCACUGCUUUGAGAUCACCACAGCAUCACUUGUUUACUACGUUGGAGAGAAUCUGCUCGGAAGUGAAUCAUCUGUUACAAGCAGUACUAUUCUGGUUAGCGGUGUUGGACAGGACGUUGCCCGGAUGUGGGAGAUGGCCAUCCAGCAUGCUCUGAUGCCAGCUGUUUCUACAGGAAUUUGCCACAGCUCUCAUCACAGUGGACACAAAGAAGUAUCAAUGAGCAUCUCUGUCUCCAAUUGCCAGAUCCAGGAAAAUGUGGACAUCAACUCAGUCUAUCAGAUCUUCCCAGAUGAGGUUCUUGGCUCAGGACAGUUUGGUAUUGUGUACGGAGGUAAACAAAGGAAAUCUGGCCGAGAUGUUGCAAUCAAGAUCAUUGAUAAACUUCGUUUUCCUACAAAACAGGAGAGCCAGCUGCGCAAUGAGGUGGCUAUCCUGCAGAGCUUGCAUCACCAAGGUGUGGUCAACUUGGAAUGCAUGUUUGAGACACCAGAGCGAGUGUUUGUCGUGAUGGAGAAGCUCCAUGGAGACAUGCUGGAGAUGAUACUGUCCAGUGAGAAGGGUCGGCUGCCAGAAAGGAUCACCAAGUUCCUCGUUACACAGAUUCUUGUGGCUUUGCGUCAUCUCCACUUCAAGAACAUUGUCCACUGUGACCUGAAACCUGAAAAUGUGCUCCUGGCCUCUGCAGAUUCCUUUCCUCAGGUGAAGCUUUGUGACUUUGGAUUUGCUCGAAUAAUUGGUGAGAAGUCCUUCAGGCGCUCAGUUGUCGGCACGCCAGCAUAUCUUGCUCCUGAGGUCCUGAGGAACAAAGGUUACAACCGCUCUCUGGACAUGUGGUCUGUCGGGGUCAUCAUUUAUGUCAGUCUCAGUGGAACAUUCCCUUUCAAUGAAGAUGAAGAUAUCAAUGAUCAGAUCCAGAAUGCGGCCUUCAUGUACCCUCCUCAUCCCUGGAAGAAAGUUUCCCAGGAAGCAAUCGACCUGAUCAAUAACCUCCUCCAAGUUAAGAUGAGAAAGAGGUAUAGUGUCGAUAAGACCCUCAGUCACCCCUGGUUACAGGACUACCAGAUGUGGCUAGAUCUGAGAAACCUGGAGACUCGAAUGAACGAGCGCUACAUCACCCACGAGAGUGAUGACCUGCGUUGGCUUCACCAUGCCCAGCUCAGUGGCCUCAGCUACCCUACAAAUCUUAUCAAUGGCUCCUGCACCAAUGUGGAAAAAGGGGUAGAACAUUACAGAGAAAAGGAGGAGGAGCUGCAGACCCUCAGUGAGAGGGUCAGUGAACUCUGAGGACAGGUGGAGGUCUGUAACGGCAUUUUUAAAAAGAGCAAAAGGUGAAAUGACCAAAAGUUGUUUUUGUUGUCUAAAGCAACAAUAACAAUCAUUUUAAAAGAUAUGCCUCAUUUAUUUGUUUGCUACUCUUGAAAACGUGUACUGAUCUGUGCCUGGUCACCUCGUAACACCAGAGUGAAGUUUUAUGUCUGUUCUUUUCUUCCUGUAUUGGGUUUCUUCUGGUUCUAACUACAUAAAUGUUGGUUUUAUUGUUGACUUCUAACUGACCACACAUGUCUGUCAGCCCGAGACCAGUAAGCCCCAGUUGCUCUGAAAAGGGUGAAGCUUCUGUGGAUAAAGUUGUGAGUUCAUUCACCACCAUUACAUUUGUUGUUAUCAGGAGGUAAAAGAUGACUUGUUUUCACGUUUAUAAAAUAUUUGUGUAUUUGAAAGUAAGUGUAGUUGUAGCUAUUUUAUCAUUUUUAAAUAGCAUGACUUUAAGCCUUGUUUGAUAUCAAAACAAUCAUCCCCCUACUUUAAUGGGGUUGGUACAUAACAUGUGCUCUCACCAGUGAUUUAGAAAGUCAGUAAAACAAUUUAAGGCCUGAAAAUAAUUAGAUGUCACAAGGGAAAAUAAUAAAAUAAAACACUGGUUUUAAAGUCAUACAGAUUUUGUUUAUUUUAAAACUCACAAUUUACCUUAUAAAGGAAAUCCACUAAAUUUUUUGCCAAAUCAAGUUUGUCUGCUAGGAGCUACACUCCUCCUUAAGCAUCUUGAUACAGCUUGGGUAAAAAACAACAACAAAAAAUCUUGUUUUAGCAAAACUAAAAAGAGGAAUUCGGUGUUUUCAUUUAGGAAUAUCAGGAUGGUUUCAUUGUUUGGGUUUAAAAAAAAGAUAAAGAAAUAUUCUUUUAUAUAGACUAAAAUCACACAGUAAAAACUACAAAUAGAAAGAAGUGAAUCACUACAAGUACAUCGCCAACGUUCAGCAUCUGUCAGGAACAUUAGAAACAACCCAAACACAACAGAUCCAGGUCUUCUAAAUGAGCCACAAAAACAUUUUAAAAGGGCUGAUAAACUAACACCUCAGAUUGUCUAACUACCAGUUAACUCAGGUAGCCUAAUAGUAAUUAAAUUAACUGUUUAUAUUUUGUCAAGUUUGUGAAAUGAAACUAGUUUAUUAUAAAACAAUUAUAUUUAAACGAUUCCCAGCAGAUGGAGCAGUACUUGUAAAGAAGCAGAGGCACACACCAGAUCUAAACAGCUUCAGACUCUUAAUUCACGGCUCUCCUGAAAGAGAAGGACCUGCAAAUCUAAACAAUAUUUUUAUUUAAUGAUCAAAGAGCUGAAAUCGCUAAAAUCGUCAAAUGCAGACAUGUUUAAAGCUAAUUGCUCAUUUUAAAACCACCAUGUUUCCUCGGCAGAGUUAGUUGUCGUGAUCAAGCUGUUACACCUCUGGUACCAGCAGAGCCUGUUACUGAUGAAGUGAUGGACUUUCUCCUCACGUAGAAGAAGACAGAAAGGUGACUUCCCGUUUUUAUGAGAGGUUUUGUGAGAAAACACCAUGAAGUGUCUGUGCUUUCAGUGGUUACUUCACCACGAAACAAUAUUUUACUUUUUAUUUCUGAUUAACUCUGAAUUCUUCAUGCAGGCUGAACAUAAAAUAGUCUCCUACACCUAUCUCCUGCAUUAGCCUGACAGAUCUACGUCACCCUGUCACUAACAUUCAUGGACUCACCCAUCUGGACUCACAACGGGGAAGGCUGUUGUUGGUUUAGGGUCCAGGAAACAGCAGAGAACGUCCUGGCUUGUAGAAGCUAACCGUUAGCAUUAGCAACUUCACCACACAGCGCAAGUCCUCCAGGCUUGUGUUAUUUAUGGAGAUAAAACCUCAACGUUGCCGAGCAAACAGUACGCGGUAGAGGCAUUUUGCUGUUAGCAAGAUGUCCAAACAUCAGGAUAUCAGACACCAAAUCCUCGUCUGGUGCUCUCCUCUGAUCUAGCUAUCAGUUCCUGGAACUGGUUGCUUUCCCAGAGAAUGACUUACGAGGCAUUCAUUCCUACUGCAGACCACUUCAACUGUAAUAAACAUGUCAGUGAGUUGUCUACCUGACAUAAGAAAAACGAAGGGCAUGUAAAUGAAGUAGCUUCAUUGGUGUUGCAGCGAUAAAGACAGUAUUAUAACCAGGAUGUGAUUUGAGCUGCCUUAGGGUUAGAGCAGACAUGAUUACUGCGACGCCGACUGUUUACCAACAUGUAACAACAAACAAUGAACAAACAUGUUUUUAACUGUAACUUUCAGAGUUUGAGACCAACGUAUUUUCAUUUGUAUGAUCUGAACCAUAAAACAAAUGAAACGAGUUUGUGAUCAACCGUGUAAAGAUGAUGUCCAGUCAUGAGGUUGUGUGUUUGACUUCCAGAUUCCUGAACCCACACGGGCCCUUACGUGUAUUUGUGUGCGUACGGGUCACAGAGAAACAGACUGUAAAAGGGUUUGUAGAAAGAUGAAAAUGUGAAACUACAUAAAUGUGGAAUACAUGUUA